AUGCCUGGCUUUUGCGUAUCACCCACCACAUGCACUGUUCUACAGGGCGUUUCGAGGUCUGUCAACAAACCAGCAGCGGAUAAACAGUGCUUGAUGCCGUCCUCAGCACCAGGCCCAUUCACAGCUCCAAGAAAGGUGACGUUCAAUGACCUGGUGAGACUACGUCGGACCGCAUUCCUAUCACGACCCACUCAGGAAGAGUUUCAAGCCGUUUGGUUCACACAAAAGGAAAUACUUGACAGGCGGAGAAAAGACAAGAGGAUACGAUAUGCCAUUGCCCGACGACCCGAGACCUUUGGGACCGAGAAGCUCGUUGGUCUUGGUUUGUACAGCGAGGUUGAACGUCUUCAACGUUGCAAUCGAGCGAUUGCCGCUCGUGCUUCCGUUCUUUCUAAAAAUAAGUCGGUCGGUGUGGACAGAACUAGAGGCAGUGAGUCGGAUGAUUCUUCCGGCAGUCUCACAAUCAGUUAUGCCCUUCACUCCAAGGCUGCUUCCGUUGAGGCUCACGAGCGGGCACUUCAACAUUCCAACCAUAUCCAAGCCAUGGACAUGGGAGACGACGCAUCGGAAGAUGACAUGAGCCAAGGGCUCGCUGUGACGACUGGCGAAGCUGCUCCACAAGACUUAUUGCCCAGCGUGGAUAUCUCCUCAAACUCGUAUCUGCCCCACAGCAAAUUGGGCCGUGCAUUGCUGCCUAAGAGCCCAUGUGGCACAAUUUUGUAG